AUGUUUCAGCAGGGAAAUAGCCCUCCUCUUUCAAAACAUCAGCCUAACUCCAUAGGAGAGGUCUGCAGCAAGGGUGACGUGGCAAGGAGAGGGCAAGCUGGCGCCAUGGGCACAUUUGUCUUCCCAUGCCUCUUCGUUAUCCUGCUCACCGGGAGCUCCCUAGCAGGGUGUGCUGGAGACGAUGGCGGCUCUGCAUCCCACAGCACAGCUGGCACCGUGGAGAAACCUAUCCUGUUGAACAACAUCAUGGAUGCUGAAGCUUUCAUCAGCAGUGAGGAGGUGGUGGUCGUUGGAUUCUUCCAGGAACCGGAGAGCCCCGAAGCGUCGCAGUUCCGGCUGGCGGCCGGCCGGGUGCCGGGGGUGCCCUUCGGCCUCAGCACCAGCCCCGCGGUCCUGUCCCACUACGGCGUCGCGGCGAACACCGUCACGCUCUUCCGCAGGGUAGACAAUGGCCGGAGGGAUGUGGAUAUGAACGGCAAAGAUGUUGAUGCUGAGAAGAUGACUCGUUUCGUUCGGAUGAACGAGCUCCGCCUGGUGACAGAGUACAACCCUGUGACAGCAAUAGGUGUGAUGCAGAGUUCACUCCAGCUUCAUCUCCUUCUGAUCACAGACAAGAUGUCCCCAAAACACCCCGAGCAUAUGCACAGAUACCGGCUGGCAGCAGAAUUCUUCAAGGGGAAGAUUCUCUUUAUCCUGGUGGACAUCAAUUUGAAAAGCAAUGAACGAAUAGUGUCAUUCUUCAAACUGAAGAAGUCCCAGCUGCCAGCUCUGGCUAUGUUCUACGCACCAGAUGAGGAGCAGGAUGUGUUGACUCUGGAUGAAUUCUCUGUUGAGCAUGUACAGGACUUCUGUAAUCGUUUCUUACAAAGAAUGCAGAAGUCCAGGGCCCAGGACGCUGGGACAGCUGCCCCCUCAGACAAGAGCUGCAGGCUGGUGGGGAAGCAACGACUUAGCAGCCCAGGAUCUCCAGCUGCCCUCAGUGGGAAGAGAGCAAGACACAGUGAGAGAGACAGACUGAGAGAUUCCUGCAUCCAUUGGCACAAUGCGCACUCUCAUCAGCCUUAUGCUCCUUGCUGCCUUGGUGAUGGUUGCUACUUGUUAUGAGUCCCAUGAGAGCAUGGAAUCUCAUGAAUAUCUCUAUCCCUUCAUCAACAGGCAAAGGGCCAAUGACUUCAUACAAGCUGACACAAGACUAGAAGCCUUCUCUCGGGACAGG